GGAGGUUAGUGUUCUAAAAAAAAGCGGUUCUUUCGGCCCUUAUUUUUUGUUAAUUUCUUUAGAAAACCGUAUCUAAUGGCUUUAAAUCCGCAAUACGAAGCGAUAGGGAAGGGUUUUGUCCAACAAUACUAUGCGGUCUUCGACGAUCCCACCCAGCGAGGUAACCUAGUUAAUUUGUAUGGCGCCGAGAACUCAUUUAUGACCUUUGAGGGCACCCAACUCCAGGGCGCUGCUAAAAUCAUGGAGAAAUUAAAUAGCUUACAAUUUCAAAAAAUAAAUAGAAUAAUAACGGGAGUUGAUUCUCAACCAAUGUUCGAUGGUGGCAUCUUAAUAAACGUACUAGGAAGACUGCAGACUGAUGAAGAUAUGCCUCACGCAUACGUCCAAACGUUUGUGCUCAAACCCAUUGAGGGCAGCUUUUUUUUACAACACGACAUUUUCCGUCUCGUUCUCCAUGAUACGAUUUAGUCGACUGAUGAAGAUCCACCACAUCCAUUCUGUCAGAUAUUUGUAUUGAAGCCGUUAGGAACAUCCUUCUAUGUACAACAUGACAUCUUCAGAUUGGGAAUCCAUGACUCAGUUUAAUCGAUACAUAUUUUCUUAACACAUACAGUUUAUAUACAGUUACAAAAAAAAACUAUAAAGAUUUUUUAAUUUCGGCUUAAAGCAACAUA